UGGGAAAAAAAACAAAUCAGUUCCAGCGUUGGCGAAAAAGACAACCACAACAGCGAGACUUUUCUUCAAACUUACGCAAAAAGACAUCGGCUAGCAAUGUCUGGAAGGAGGAUGCCGAACUGUCCGGCCUCUGUGUCCAAGGGCUUCAGCUCGACUCCCGUCAAAACCAGCCAGGGGAAAGACUUCAGCACGUCUAAGGGCUUGGACGACGGCGUCCUAUCCGACGACGAAGACACAUUCUCUCUUCUUUCUCCCAUAUAUCAUGACAGCUUUGAUAGUGAUGAGGACCUGGAGCCCAGCCCAGAUCAGCAGACCUCACCAAGACAGAGCGACCACUCCAGGCUCAGCGUUUCACCAGCCAGAUGUGAGCUACCAAGAACACCAUCUGUGCAGAUGUUGAAUGAUGUUGAGCCAGCAGGUUCCCCUUCUCGCAGUGCCUGGGAAAUGUGGCUGGUGAACAAAGCCAAAGAAGACCGUUUAAAAUUGGAAAAACAAGCAGAGGAGGAGCAGUUACGGAAGGUAAAAAACGAACAACAAGAAAGGGAGCGGGAACAGAAAAAGAUUGUCAUGGAAGAGAAGAUCCAAGAAUGGCUGAAGAUGAAAAUAGAACAGGAGAAGCAGGAGCAACUCAUAAAACUAAGCAAGGAGGAGGAGGAGAUACAGAGGCAGCAGGAGAAACAGAGGGAGACUGAACAGAAAGCUCAACAAAAGUACAAAGUCUGGCUGCAGAAGAAGAACCUAGAAAAAAUAGAAUCGGAGAAGAAGGAGAAAGAGGCAGCUGCCCUGAAGGAGGAGCAGGAGAAAGAGCGCCACAAGAGGGCAGAGGAGAAGUUUAAGGACUGGCUGGCUAAAGCCAAUGAAAAAAGCAGAGCAAGUCCCAAAUUACCCUGCUACCCAACAAGUCCCUACGACAAAUCCUACUCAUCACCCAGCUUCUUCAACCCAGUCCCCUGGAAGCCCAUUCAUGUCCCUCCUCAGGAAAUAACACUGAAUAAGACAUCUGGCAAGAAACCUCAGAAACAACAAAAAUGUCAACAAAGCCCCAGCACCGCUUUAAGACUGAGGAACUCUGCCAGUGCAGCGCAGAGAAGAUGACACAGCAGAGGGACGUCUGUGACUGAUACUGUAGCUUAGUUACGGCUCAAAUAUGAUUUCAUCACCACUCAUCCACUCGACCACAGCUCCUGAGCUGAGACUCUGUUGAAUCACAGAAAUAUUUCUGUUCUCCAAUAGGAAUGUGGUAAUUUGGCUACCAUGUAGUUUGGUUUGGCAUAUUCAUGUACACUGGAGCGAUUUUGUAACGAUGCACUAGCUCAAAUUAGUUUGUACAUAAGGAUGUAAGGAUGUCUGAAUUUUGGGGAUUUUACACAAAUUUACAAAGAUGACUUUAAUUUGAUUAAGUCAGCUUUCAUACAACGAUAAUGUCUAGCAUAAAUGCUGUAAUGGCUAGACAUUUAACAGCCUGAAGAUUAAUUUGUGUUAUCCUGUAUAUCUUACCAAUUUGCUGUUUGGAUAAAAGAGGCAUUAUCAAAGUU